CACCACUUUACACAUCUGUCUGCAGAUAAUCUGACGAGGCUAGUGACCCAGCUUAUUCUGGCGGCAGCCAUGUUGCAGCCCAAGUUGGAAAAUCGUAUGAAAUACGUAAAUCGCAACUGCUCCAAUAACAUGUUUACAAUCGGAAGCAUUUCUUGGAUUUUAUUCGUUCUAUCAACACUAGUCCUAACAUGCACAAGAACUACGACAGUCGAGAUAUACCAAGCAGAUAACGGAACUGUGAUUGUCUCCAAGAAAUCUCUGUUCGACAUCACCGAGGAUAAAUUUAAAACAGGAAAAGCGUGUCAGGAAAUUCCAAGCAAAAAAGAACCGUUAUUUCAGAAUAUGACAAAAGUGAGAAGAAAGCCACGAAUUGUCAUUUCCCGUGAAUCGGCAAACAUUUAUCUGACAAAAACAUACAAGUUGGAGAAUGAAACAGAGGAGAUUCUUUUCCCUGAGCUAAGUGCAAGUGAGUGCGCAGUUAAGGAGUUUAUCAAAGCAGUGAAGUAAAGAGCCAUUUUACUCCAUGUGUUAUUUUAUAUGGCAUCAAAAAUAUCUACAAAUUAAAAUUAUUAACUGUUUCAUUUA